ACAGGAAUGGCUCGGGGCAGGAGCUGCCUACUCCUCUUCAGUGCAUUGAUAUCGGUGUCCAAUUUUCUACACUCCCAUGCCAAAAAGUCAGCUACUGCCGUUAUUCCCCUCUUCAUUCUUCCCUCCGCUCGGGACAUCUCCCCUCAAACCUUGAUAGCUGCCACGAGGCUGCAGCGCCGUGGCCCGAUAGAUGCCCCCCCGGAGUACGGUAUGCAGAGAAGACCUUUCGAUGGAUUACUUUAUGCUUUUUUCCGGGCGAAAUUGGUGCAGCAGCUGGGUGGGUCGGAUACGGCAAGCAAGGAUUUUGCUGGACUCAUCGAAUUGAUUCGGAAACUGAAUACACAAUUCCCUGCCAGUGGCAAAGUUGGUACUCAGAAAGCGGCGCAAAAUAUUCUACGUUCUCUGUUCCCGUCUUGGCUCCCCGCUGCUUUCGCUGUCAUGUUCAGCAAGCCUUUCCCCGCGUUCUCUGCUCGCAUGAAUGCUAUCAUAACGGGACUGACCACCUAUUGGCUGAUGGGGGAAAGCGAAAUCAUUGAUGUCGAUGUUGACGGCGGUAGCGUGGGUGUGGGUCAAGGCUUGCUCGUCAAACGCUGCCGCUACCUAGAGGAGGCAGGGUGUGCAAGCAUCUGUGUCAACACCUGCAAGAUUCCUACUCAAAAUUUCUUCUGUCAGGACAUGGGUCUGCCCCUGACCAUGACGCCAGACUACGACGACUUCAGUUGCACCUUUGCUUUCGGGCUUACCCCGCCCCCUGUAUUCGACGAUGAGGCCAUGCGAGUGGCGUGCUUUAGCCAGUGUCCGACGGCCAAAGCCCCGACUGGUGAGUUGUCAAAUUGCCAUGAAAUCGAGUUAUGACAAAAUAUAUGUCUCUAAGGCUCCUGUUUUCGUAGCAGGGGUGGUUUGGGCUUCUGUGAUGCUGCUUCAAUAAUUUGAAAAAGAUGAGAGGUUAUGUUUGCCUCAAAGCCCUCUUCAACAGCGAGUGUCGAGAGAGAUGUCGGUCUCGAUCUCAGAAGCUAGCAAUUUGCCGCCGCUGACCGGAUGCGCACAAACGAAGCA